AUCAUAAACAAGGUUAGAAUUUGUUUUGAGAUCAAGUCAGACGUUUAAAAUAAUUAAUAAUAAUAAGUGACAUAAAAUUUAAGAAUUCGAUUAGAAUCGAAAACACUGUAUAAAACCAUUAUUGGCCAUUUUAUAAGAAAAAGCAAAUUUCACUUCUUACAAAAACAUAUUUCAAAGUUAUUUAAAAUCUAGUCCCACUAUUUUUUUUCUUUCUAACUGUCAUAAAAAUACCUUAUAUAUAAAUGUAUCAAUCAGUAAUUAAAAAGGAUUUGCCGCGGGUAUUAAUUAUUAGCGAUGUCAAAAAUAAAUCUGUCGAUCUCGCUAAAAUGAUAGGGGCGGAACCACUAUUAAAAGAAGAAGAAACAGAAUAUCAUUUAUGGAACAUAGACAACAAAUAUUACACAGCACAAAUUUUAAUUUCUUCCAUGGAAAAUUUUCCGACAAAUAUUUCAUUUGAAGGAGUUGAAGCCAUAAUCGUCUAUCAUGAACCGAAAGCAGAAGAAACUUUAUGCUACUUAGACACUUGGAAAUCGCAAAUGCCAUCCCUUUCGGAAGUAGAAAUUUUUUUAUUCGUCUGUAAUUCUAUCACAGAUUCAUCUCUUAAAGAAAAAUUGACCGAAUGGUGCAUGCAACAGAAAUUUGAAUUAGUUGAACUGGAACAGGGAGAAACGGAUGAUUUUGAAUCAGGAAGAAAUGCUUACGGAAUUGAAAGGAUCAUUGAGGCUUUGCAAGCACACACGUGGUCAAAUAUGACAUUAAAAAAUCAAACUUCAGAAACCAAAUCAAGGGAAGAAGUAAAUCGAGUUGGAGAACAAAUAGAAAAUAUCCAAUUAGAUGCUCAACCUGACAUUUCAGAAAGACUACAAAUGGAAAGUGUUUUUGAUGGAAUAAUGGACAGUGAAAAUGUUGAUUUUGGGGAGCUUUUUGGGCAAUUGAUGGCAAUGAAAGAACAUGCCGCUACUUUGCCUUCAAAUCAAAGAAAACUUGCUGCAGAACAAUUAGUUACAGCUUUUUGGAAAGCCAUGGGAGGAGAUCCAACUGAAAUUAGCGAUUUGGAUUAAAAAAAUAAACUUUUAACAAUCCGAUUCUUGUUUCUAGAGAUAAAUUAUCGAAAAUUUAUUCGACACAAUUUAUUUUGUACAUUUGUACUUGUAUAAUUCUUUAAAAUAACAUUUCCAAUUUAUAAGAA